AUGGAAACACUCUCAGCCGUGACAAGCUCGGUCACAAGUACUCACUCCACUGCACUGAGCUUGCCUUCAACCUCUGCCCUGGGGCUUACCGAUGACGAGUAUUCAACGGCGUCCUACUUCACAACUGCACAAGAAGUAUCCACGGUCUCUCCACGUACAGAUACUGCCACGCUCGUAUCGACUCUGCUCAGCAGCACCACGAGCACCUUGAGCUCUGACUACUCCAGUUCGGUGCUUGAGACGGCUACAGGGAUUUCCUCGGAGUUCAGUACGGUUGUGAGCACCGAUGAAGGGAAUGCAACGAUCGUUGGUACGACGUAUAAAACGGGCACCGCGGUCGUCAAUGGAUCUGCGAUUUAUACCACUGCCGAAGCGGUGACUUCCACACUGCCUAUCCAGAGCCUGACGCUCCCGGCGGUCACAAGCAACAUCACUAGUACCUCAUCAGCGCUACAGAGCCUCCCUUCGACAACUAGUCUUCUUUUGACCCAGGAUGUCAAUGCUACGUCCACAGUCCCGGCGACUACUACGUUGUUAUCCACGGUGUCAGGUGAGCAUAAAAACCCGCUCGCGAAUUCGAUCUAACAAUGCUAAUCCCACGACCCUAUAGGCAAUCUCAUCACGCAGACGCAAAUCUCCACCACCACCAGUGUCCAUCUCAGCACCGCAUCAUCCCUGUACGAAACGACCGCCCGGGCGACUACGUCGGAAAUGUCGACCCUGCAAACUACCGUGGAGAGUGUAGAUCUGGAAAAUUCUACCGCGCUGAUUUCGGUUCAUGCAACGGAUACGAUUUCCACUGCCGGCUCACCUGUCUAUACGACUGCUCCUGAGGAAACCUUGACGUUGCCGACAUUGACGGAGACGGCUUCCAUGAUUUCGAGGUCGAAUUCUGUGGAUGGGAGUUUGGCUUUUUCUUCGAAUGCCUCGUCAGUCGGCUCGCAGGAUAGUAGCUCUUCUGUCACUUCUCUGGGACAGAGCGGUGGUGCGAGUAUAACGUGGUCCUCCUCGAAUCCUAGCUCAGAAGAGUCCCUUUCCACAUCAUUUGUGGAGAGCAGCUCCAGCGGCUCGGCGAGCUUCUUGCAGACGUCUUCGGUCGGCUCGCAAGAUAGUAGCUCUUCCGUCACUUCUCUGGUACAGAGCAGUAGUUUGAGUACACCGCUGUCCUCGAAUACUAGCUCAGAGGUAUUCCUUUCCACAUCAACAGUGGAGUCCCUUUCCACAUCAACAGUGGAGAGCAGCUCCAGAGGCUCCAGCAGCUCGACAAGCUUCUUGCAGACGUCUUCAGUCGGCUCGCAAGACGGAACCUCUUCUGCCAUUUCUUCGGACGAGAGUGGUCUUUCGAGUGCUUCCCAAACCUCGAGUGCCUCCCAAUCCUCGAGCGCCUCCCAAUCCUCGAAUGCUAGCUCAGAACUCUCGCCAUCGCCUUCAACGGGCGUCUCUUCGACCACAAGUCCGGGCGAGCUUUCCACCAGUCCAGCGGCAGCGAACACCACUGGUAGCUCGGAAAGCUACGCAUCGACGGAGAGCGACAUUGCGUCUGGCACUUUGGGUAAGAUUGCAAGUUCGAUGCCUCUGUCCGUGGACACGCUCAGCUUCAGUAGCUUGGAAAGCUAUACAUCGACGGAGAGCAGCAUUUCGUCUGGCACUUUGGGUCAGCUUACAAGCUCAAGCUCGAUGCCUCUGUCGGUGAAUACGCUCAGCUCCAAUAGCUCGGAAAGCUACGCAUCGACAGAGACCAGCAUUGCGUCUGGCACUUUGGGCCAGCUUGCUAGCUCGAUGUCUCUGUCCGUGGACACGCUCAGCUUCAGUAGCUCGGGAACUACUGUAACGACGGGAAAUGGACUUUCAUCCAACCCACUCGGUCAACCAACAGGCUCAACCACUCCAUCCAUCGGUUCUCUUAGCUCGCUCUCCGGAGGGUCUUCGAUCUCUGGAUCUUUUAGCACCACAAGUCUGCAGACCACAGGAGUCAGCAGUUCCAUAGCAAAAACAGCCUCUUCGGUGUCUUCGACUGCUCCACUUGCGAGUUCAACGUGCCCUGAUGUAAAUGGCACACAGCAGACCAACUCAAAUGGAGACACCUUCAUGAUCUAUUGCAGGAGCGAUACAACAGGCGAGGCUUUGAACAGCACCAAUUCUCGUAGAGCCGUUCGAGAAGUGGAGGUCAUGCACUACAGCCACUGUGCUGCUUCGUGUAAAAGGCGCAGCAAUUGUGUUGCUUGGACCUUUGUCCUCUCUACUUCAAGUACGGGCACCUGUCGAUACAUGUCGACCCUAGAUCGCUUGGUUUCAGCAGCUCCUGGGUAUAUUUCUGGGAUCAAUGUAAUUCUGGGGCACUGGAAAGUAUCCCUACCGCCUCAGACCUCCUUGGGUACUACGACUGGUCCAACGACGUAUCAAGACGUGAGCUCGUCUUCAGAGAUGUCGAGCCUGAUGACCAUCUCCUCAGCCGCGGAUAUCGAUGUCUCCGAUACGGCAAGCUCAGGUGCAGUGGUAGCAAAGAGCAAAACAAGUUCUGCGUUCAACGACACGCAUACAUCGUCAAUGGGCGGCUUGAAAUCUCAUAGUUCCCGCUCUUCUGCGCCUUCGACGAACGAUGUCCUCUCAACCAAGGUAUUGAGUAGCGUCACCACCGGGGAUGGAAGCAGUAGCAGUACAAGCGCUGAAACCUCUGGAUUUACAUCGUCCACAAGCGAAGACAUUCCGCUGACCACGACAUCAUCUCUUGCGGUAUUGGCAAGUCAAGAAUCCAGUCCCUCGAGCACUACUCGGUCUCAAAGCACUCCUGCUACUAGCAACAGCGCACCGUUCCAAACGACCUACGUAGUUACGCCUUCGACUACCAGCAUUCAACCUCAAGGCUCCCCUUCGCAAUCAUGCUUGCCGCCUCCACCUAACAAUGGGUCUGCUUGCGGCGAGUAUCACGGUCAAACUUGUAACGACGUCAAUGGCCAGCCGUACACCUUGCAAUGCAAUACCACGGCGACAAGUGGGACAGUCAUUCGUUCGCUGAGCCCCAUUACUCGCGCUCCUGGCUUCAGCGGAUGCGUGACUUCUUGCGACCUGGUGCCUGGAUGUACUGCCGUUACUUACAACAACGGGACGGACAAUUGCACCUACUUUGCAUCGGUCACUGGUAUGGGCCCUUCUACUGGCUUACAAUUCGCAAUAGCGCCCGAUGCGCUUCCAAGUACGUCCGCAGCGUCAAAAGCUGAGACCCCAUUGACGGCUCUGUCAACAUUAUCAGGCUCUUCUUUACUCACUGGGGUUCUCACAGCUGCUUCGUCAGGUACCGCAGUACCCAAUAGCAGCCCAGAGACUAGUUCAGAGAGCUCCAGUGAAGUUGAACUGGUUUCUUUAAGUGAUCUAGAUCCGGCAUCAACGUUAGCGCCCACUUCGUCGUUGUCACCUUCUGGCUCCUCUGCACGGCCAACGUCUGCACAGCUUACAAGUGAAAGUAUCAGCUCGCUGGUCUCGACGGGAACGCUUCCACCAGGGCAUGGAGAUGCCGGCAUUUCUGCGACUCCAGUACCACAAGCUCCAUCCACAGAACUUACCUCGACCUUGUCGUCCAUGGCCAUUGCAAAACCCAAUUUUGGAUCCACCCGACUUUCGAGCGUUCUCUCCGCUUUCACGGAAACAUCGUCUUCAAGACCACCACAGAGCUCGCUGCCGAUCACAGUCUCAUGCAUAUCCGAUACUUCGAGCACGACAUGUUUUACCUUUCUAGUCAUGCCUGAGAGCACUGUCAACUUUGGCGGCCAGUCGAGUUCAAAGUCUGCUUCGACAUCUGCCUCGCAGACUUUUCAAAGUCUUGGAGGCUCUCGAAGCAGUAUGGCAUCAUCAACGAGAUACGUAGAGAGCUCGCGAACUACUGCGACUUUCUAUGACUCGGAGCAAUCCUCGACAAUACUCAUCACAACGACUAGCCUCUGGUCAGAUGGCACGUACUCCCUGACCUCGCUGGCCACGAGCAGCAAUGCAUCGGGAGACCCGUCGUCUCCCAACAUAACCGCAUCCGGAGCCACUGAAAGCAUCUCCGUGUCAAGCCCUGGCACCACCAAUCUUGCCACACCGGGAGGAAACGCCACGGUCUCAACCAGCACGUCUUUGGCCGGCAAUGUUAUCGUGACCGACAAGUCCACAGAACUGGUCACGGUAUUCGAAUACCCAUCUACCUGUCCCUUUGGGACGAGAACCGUACUCACCACCAACACCGUUAUGGCCUGUCCGGCUGAUUCUUCUUGUACUCGAUAG